ACUGGGGGGAACUGGGAAGAGCGUGAGCGCGAGCGUGGCUCGGGGCGCCCCCCAGGGGGGAUACGGCGUGGAGGUCGCACCAUGGAAGUGCCGGCCGAGGCUGUGCGAGGUGGGGACGAGGAGGACCGCGGAGGGGUGAGUCGUGCGCACCCCACUUGGCCGCGGGUAGUCCCGGUGCUGCUGCCGCUCCGGCGCUCGCGGAAACUUUUCUGGGCGCUGUGCGCCGGCUCGCUGUCCUUGCUGCUGGCGGUGCUGGUGCGGCCGGUCCGCGCCGAGAACGGCCGAGAGCUGGGGCCUCGCAGUCAGGAGGCGGUGGCAGCGCAGGAGGAGGCGGAGGAGGAGAAGAAGGAGGAGGAGAAGGAGGAGGAGGAGGAGGAGGUGGAGGAGGAAGCGGUCCCGGGAGCAGAAGGGGGCGUCUUCCCCGGCGUGCAGGGAGGCGCGCCCGGGGGCGGCGCGCGGCUCAGCCCCUGGCUGCAGCCCUGGGCGCUGCUCCUCAGUGUCCUGGGUGCCUUCUUCUGGAUGGGCUUGUACCUCCGGCGCGCCGGGGUGCGCCUGCCUCUGGCCGCUACGCUGCUGGCCGCCUGCUGCGGGGGGGAAGCGCUCGUCCAGCUCGGGCUGGGCGUCGGGGAGGACCGCCUGCUGUCGCUGCCCGCCGCGGGGGUGGUGCUCAGCUGCCUGGCCGCCGCGACAUGGCUGGUGCUGAGGCUGCGGCUGCGGCCGGGCGUCCUCAUGCUUGCCUUGACUAGCGCGGUGCGGACCGUGGCCCUCGUUUCCUUGGAGAGGUUCCAGGUGGCCUGGAGACCUUACCUGGCGUACUUGGCCGGUGUGCUGGGGAUCCUCCUGGCCAGGUACGUGGAGCAGAUCUUGCCGCAGUCUCCAGUGGCGGCUCCGAGGGAGCCUCUGGGGUCCCAGCGCACUGCUGGGACCAAGGAAGAGAUCCCGGUGCUCAGGAGGAGGCGGCGGUCCAGCUCCGUGGUGUCUGCCGCGAUGUCGGGCUGCGGCAGCAAGUCCCACCGCAGGACCUCCCUGCCCUGCAUCCCCCGAGAGCAGCUCAUGGGACAUUCAGAAUGGGACCACAAGCGUGGACCUCGAGGGUCACAGGAGGUGUGCGGUUUUGCCCCCUACCUGCGGCACACCAUGGAGCUGCUCAAGGUCUCCAAGGACAAGCGGGCCCUCAAAUUCAUUAAGAAAAGGGUGGGGACGCAUAUCCGCACCAAGAGGAAGAGUGAAGAGCUGAGCAACGUGCUGACUGCCCGCCUGAGGAAGAGUUUGCCCCCAGGCUUGUUGAGACGAGUUUCAUCAACUUGGACAACUACCACCUCAGCCACGGGUCUGCCCACCUUGGAGCCUGCGCCAGUGCGGAGGGACCGCAGUGCCAGCAUCAAGCUGCACGAUGCACCUGCAUCCAGUACUGUUAAUCCCGAUUCUUGGAGUAGCCCAGUGAUAAUGACCCUCACCAAAAGCAGAUCCUUCACUUCAUCCUAUGCUGUGUCUGCGGCUAACCACGUAAAGGCUAAGAAACAAAAUCGACCAGGUGCCCUUGCUAAAAUUUCACCUCUUCAAUCACCCUGCUCCUCCCCUCUCCAAGGGACUCCUGCCAGCAGCCCUGUCAGCAAAAUUCCUACAGUGCAGUUUCCAGAAUCUACUGAGACAACUGCCAAACAUGGUCCAAGUUCUCACAGGACUUUAACCUAUACUCAAAGUGCCCCCGACCUGUCCCCUCCAAUCCUGGAUCCACCGGUUCUAUGUAGCAGCUGUGGCAGACCCUAUUCCCAAGGGACUCCUACUGAUGGACCCCUGGAGAAAAGUGGUGAGGCCACCCGGACAUCUAGCAGGACAGAUGACACUGCCCAAGUUACCUCUGAUUAUGAAACCAACAACAACAGUGAUAGCAGUGACAUCCUACAGAAUGAAGAUGAAGCGGAGUGUUCCAGAGAGUCACUGAGGAAGACAUUGGCUUGUGGCACCUACGGUCCUGAAGCCAUGAUAUUCCUGGAUAAACCAAUUCUUGCUCCUGAACCACUCAUCAUGGAUAACCUAGACUCAAUUAUGGAGCAGCUAAAUACUUGGAAUUUUCCCAUUUUUGAUUUAGUGGAAAAUAUAGGAAGAAAAUGUGGCCGAAUUCUUAGUCAGGUCUCAUACAGACUUUUUGAAGACAUGGGCCUCUUCGAAGCUUUUAAAAUUCCAGUUAGAGAAUUUAUGAAUUACUUUCAUGCAUUGGAAAUUGGAUACAGGGACAUUCCUUAUCAUAACAGAAUCCAUGCCACUGAUGUCUUACAUGCUGUUUGGUAUCUUACUACACAGCCUAUUCCAGGCCUUUCCACCGUGGUUAAUGACCCCGGAUCAGCAAGUGAUUCAGAUUCUGACAGUGGAUUUACGCAUGGACAUAUAGGCUAUGUAUUCUCCAAAAUGUAUAAUGCUGCAGACGAUAAAUACGGCUGUCUUUCUGGAAACAUCCCUGCCUUGGAGUUGAUGGCACUGUAUGUCGCUGCAGCCAUGCAUGACUAUGACCACCCAGGCAGGACUAACGCUUUCCUGGUGGCUACUAGUGCUCCGCAGGCGGUGCUGUAUAAUGAUCGUUCUGUUUUGGAGAAUCAUCAUGCAGCUGCUGCGUGGAACCUUUUCAUGUCCCGGCCCGAGUAUAACUUCUUAACCAACCUUGACCAUGUAGAAUUUAAGCAUUUCCGUUUUCUUGUCAUUGAAGCAAUUUUGGCCACUGACCUGAAGAAGCACUUUGACUUCGUAACCAAAUUUAAUGCCAAGGUGAAUGAUGAUGUUGGAAUAGAUUGGACCAAUGAAAAUGACCGUCUACUGGUUUGUCAAAUGUGUAUCAAAUUGGCUGAUAUUAAUGGGCCUGCCAAGUGUAAAGAGCUUCAUCUUCAAUGGACAGAGGGUAUUGUCAAUGAAUUUUAUGAACAGGGUGACGAAGAGGCCAGCCUUGGCUUGCCCAUCAGCCCCUUCAUGGACCGUUCUGCUCCUCAGCUGGCCAACCUGCAGGAGUCCUUCAUCUCUCACAUUGUGGGGCCUCUGUGCAACUCCUAUGACUCAGCAGGACUCAUGCCGGGAAAGUGGGUGGAAGACAGUGAUGAAUCAGGAGACACUGAUGACCCCGAGGAGGAAGAGGAAACGGCGGCAGGGAAUGAAGAAGAAACCUGUGAAAAUAAUGAAUCUCCCAAAAAGAAAACAUUUAAAAGGAGGAAAAUCUACUGCCAAAUAACUCAGCACCUCCUGCAGAACCAUAAGAUGUGGAAGAAAGUCAUUGAAGAGGAGCAGCGGCCAUCCAGCACCGCAGGAACCUCCCCGGACCAGUCCACUCAGCAGCACCCCUCAGAGCAAAUCCAGGCCAUUGAGGAAGAAGAGGAGGAGAAAGGAAAACCGAGAGGAGAGGAAACCCCAGCCCCGAAGCCAGACCAGUGACCCUGGACAGAAUGGGCUGUUGCUAAACAGAUCUUGAUUUAUCACCGACUCUUUUUUCAAGCCAGCACAAUAUUUAGACACAACACUGUAGAAAUGAAAGAAGAUGGGGACAUGGCUACUGCACUUGGGAAUCCUUCGCAUAUUAUAUGUUUAUUUUUGCAGUGAGGUACAUCGUUAAGAACUUUUGCUCCUAGAAGCUUUCACACUGCAACACCAGCUUCUACGGAUGUUGUUUUUAGGGAGGAAAUAUAUACGUGUGUGUGUGUGUAUAUAAGCUCCCGCGUAGAUACAUGUAAAACAUAUUCACACACACGCAUACACACAGACACACUGAAAGCCAGCGUUACUGGCUCCACAGUUUAGUAGCAUUCGUAUUAAGAUAUAUAGUGGUCACUGUGAUAAUAAAUCAUAAAGGAAAACAAAUUGCAUGGAAAGUGGUGUGGCUUAGAGUGGGAAGGGUGCAGCAAUGUAGGUUACAACUAAGCAGCUUUUGCUCUUGAUACUGAGGGACGGAAGUUCCAGAGCAUUAUUUCAAUUCUGAAGUGUCCUGCCAACAUUGUUGUGUGUGUGUGUGGUGUACGUGUGUGUGUGUGUGUGUGUGUGUGUGUGUGUGUGUUUCAGAGAGAGAGGGAAUGGCGUUGGUGUGCACAUGUUUAUAUAAAUAGACAAUUUUUAUGGUUCAUACAAUAGCAGUAGCAGAUGACUCACUAUGUGCAAACAAACAGCAGGAAGUUUGCUUUGAAGAGUUGUUGCCAGACAGCCAUUCCAGAUGCCCUCCUCUGAGCUUCAGUAGAGGUAGGUCCUUGGCAGGCUGAGGGCAUUCAUGGGCCAUGUGAGAGGUACUACUGCUAUCUACCACUUAGAGGCACUCUACCACCAGGCUCCAUCCUGGAAGACAGAGAAAUUUUCCAGUCUAUUUCCCUAGUGAAUAUAUAUGAGUUGCUUGUGAGUAUGUAAGUCAUUUUCCUAAGAUUAAAUCAGCUUUGAAGGAGAUGACAUUCUAUAUGCAUCGACAUCCCAAAGGAGCUGCAGGCAAGUAAGAGCUCUAAAAGAAUGCCAGAGAAAUGGGAAAUUACACUUAGGAUCUCCUGUGUCUUCUAAAUUUGCUAGCAAAUGUGUAUCAGGAAAUAAAGAAAGAAAGGCAAAUAGAAAUUCACUAUGUGUUACUUAACAGGAGAUGAAGGAGAAAAUAACAACCUAGGGAUGGUGUUUGAUCCCUGAGGACUGUUGCAGAUUGGCUUUGGGGGUCAUGGUCCUGUUGACACCUUGGUGUGGUAUUUCAUACACUAUGUGAUGGGUGCCUCCAUCUUCAGUUUAUCCUGUUAUGAUGCUUCUUUUGUCAGGGAAGAUUCUAGGAUUGUUCAAGGAUUGGGGUAUUUUUGAAAGGUUUUUUUGUUUGUUUGUUCUUACUUACACUUGUUUAUGCUGUGAGCCAAACCUCUAUUUAAAAUGUUGGUAUUCACUUACAAUAUUUUAUUUCAUAUUAUUAUACAUGUCAUGAGUAGUUAUCUUGUUGUAAAUAUAUAAAGACUUUUUUGGUUUCUGUAGAUAGUAAACUUUUUAAAAAAUACAAAAAAGGGAAAAGGGAAACAUUUUUAUAAAGUUAUAUUUUAAUCACCAUUUUUAUACAUGGUAGCUAUCGUUAAGCCUAGGAAGAAGAUGAUGGCUUGUUUCCAUGGAGAUCUAUGAGUUACCACUCUUCAAACCUUUCUAGUUCAAAUGAUAAUCUUAUGUGAUUAUAUUUGUCAAGUUAAUAAGUAUGGUGAAAAGAAUUUUUUCCAGUAGUUGCUUCUGCUAACUGAAUGAAUAUUGAAUGUUUGUCUUCAAGAUGAAAGAGUUAACCAAAACCAAAUUUUUAUACAUGGUGUCCAUUUCUUUCCACCAUAAUUUUUGAUUAUAAUUCCUCCUCCCACUCUAUGUACAUAUUUGCUUAUCACCUAAACUACUUUGGUUUCCAGGAAAAGGUUGAUUGUAAUUUCUACUGCUUAUCCUCACUGAAGUCAUAGAAAAGGAGUGUUUACAUUGAAAAAAAAAUCCUGUCUUUCAAACAUGUACAUUAUUCCCCUCAAAAAGAUGAUUUUACAAAACUGCACAGCAUCUUUUAAUUAGCCAAAGAUAAAACAUAAGAUAAACAACAUGAUUUCAAGGCAAAAUUUCCAGUCGGUAG